UAUGUGUAAUAGAUUUCCGCUUAAGCCGGUUCUAGGGGGCGUGAGAGGUGUUACACAGUUUAUUACCUGUCAUGAACAGACUCUAUCAAACCGAGUAUGCUAUUAUUCUUCGUGGUUACAUUCUUCCAAAUGAUCAUUUUACAGAUUUUAUCAUAUACAGUGAUCUUAGUAUAAUAGCCUUUGAAAUGCGUGAUUACAUUUUAAAAGUGUUCUAAUCAAGCAUUUUGUGGUCAAUAUUUGAUAGAUGACAAAACUAAGACAUUCUUUAUCGAAACGGAAAUAUAAGCUGUAACGAAAAUCAGUCAUUUUUAAACGGGUCACUUCCGUGUUCACUUAAAAAUAUGAAGAAAGUUUUGAUGAAAAAAAAACAAGUUUAAAACAAAAUAAAUUUCCCUGUCAGUGAUUUUCAUAUGUGCAACUGAAAUUCGCCGCCCACAAAGUAUUUCACAAGGAAACAUAAUUUUCCUUGAGCGUUAUUGCACAUAAUAAUGAAACUGAUAUGAAUAAAAUCUGUUGUAAUUGUUACUAUGAGAUAAAAUUUCAAAUCAAAUGCAAAUGAAGUGUUGCCACAUAAUAUACAGUGCUUUAUAAAGUUUUUUUUUCAAGACAUGGAAUUACAGUUAUUUCCACAUAUUCCUGACUAAAACCAAAAGAGAAGGAAUUAAAGAUAUGCUGACAGCUUCUACUCAAAUUUUAAUCAUAGGAUAAUUAGAUGAUUUAUGGAAAGAAAAGUGUACACCGAAAAUAGAAGACCUUUGUCAGACGCUUCCAUAAGGUUUAUCUCGACUUCCAACACAAAAGACGAAAAAGGAGCCACAAUGAGCAAGAGGCCGCUGUCAGAAGAAGUUAGAGCAGACAGCAGAUGUCCGAUUUCAAAAGAAAAGAUUCAACAAGUAACUGCAGCUCAUGACAUAGGAAAAGGCCAAAGAUGGUUGCAACACUAUAAAGCUUCCAUAUUAUGUUGGCCAGAGUUAUUUCAGUCACAAAUUAGCAUAAAGAACUUAAUGAGCUAUUGUGAAGACCUUGAAGUGGACACAGGUUUAAAGCAGCAUGGAGAAAAGGUCAAGGUCGGCUUCCACGAAGUAGACAUUUAUAUUGAUCCCGUCGAUCAUGAUAUCAAGUCAUUGAUACCACCAAAAGUGACUAUUCAGAAAUAUGAAUUAAAAAACUGGAAUGUUUCUGUAGACACCAUGAAUACAAGAGAUAAUUCAUCGAACAUCAUAGGUAUAGUCAUUGAGUCUGGAAAUGCAAGAAUAAUAAAGUCAGUGCACGGUUCCGAUAUGGUUCUAUUCAGGGAAGACUGCUUAGACAGCUUUGAAAAUGGAAACAGUCCUCCAAAACAUACUGACGAUACGUUACGAUUGAAAACAAGAAGCGUUAUUGAGUACGUCUUGUUUGAACCGCUCGUAGAAAAAUGCGAAUUUCUCAGCCGUGUCCUCGACGCUAUUAAUGAAGAUCAACGAAAUCAGAUAAAGGAGACAAUGCAUGUUGCUGAAAUUGAAAGCGUUUAUCAAAAAGAAGAGAAAACUCAGACUAAACAGAUUGAACAAACUUACCACGACGAGUCAAGAGAGUGUACGAUUAUCCUUGAUGGCAUUGUCUUUGAAAAGUGUAAGCAACAGAGGGACAUUAUCGAGGAUUUGUUCGAAGAAAUGAUUGCUGUAAUUUCGAAAAGCCAAUUCAAAGGAAAAGUUCUUAAACGAUUAAAAACAAGUCGAAACAAUAGUCAUGAUAUUAAACAGGUAUCGCAAAUGCUUUUCACACGAGACGAAUCUGUUAAAGGAUGUGGCUCCAGACUUAAAACGUUUCAUGUCGAUGUGGAAGAACUGUCAACUCCUGAGGAGAAUUCAGAUCGUGAGAAACAAAUUAGGGAAAUGUUAAGUAAUUAUGGGAUUAAUGAUGUAAGGUUUAACUUUGUUUCCCCUAGUCUCGAUCAAUACAACUAUGUCGGUGCAUGUAUUGCUGCAAAGUGUGAAAUAGACACGAAGACGGGUACACUUGGAUGUUUCGCAAAUCAUGAAAAAGAUAAAGAAUCUGCUUUAUGUACUCUGUUUGCAAAACACGUUGCACAAGGGUGUUCCCCUGAAAUAUACGUCAGAGAUAAAGAUCAGAAGCUUGAAAGCUUUGCAAUACUUUUAUCUGAUACGUAUGUUGAUGGUGGUCACGAUAUUGCAGCAGCAAAAAUAAACAGUCACUAUAUUUCAAGCUGUGACAAACAAUUUAAAAAUAUAGAAGAGAAAAAGGUUCCUGCAGAGUUGCACACAGUGGACGACAACACUUCACUUCAGGGUCAGACAAUUCACUUAUGGGGCGCACAUUCUAAACCAGGUAUAGGCAAGAUAAAUAUACAAGACUUCCAUUAUCAUGAUGGCACAGUCUCAUAUAUUGAAGUACAAGACGGAUCUAUUGCAAAGGGUAACCCUAAUGCGGUUCUGGCAGAACCGGGCGACAGCGGAGCCAUUGUUUGUAUGGAUGAAUCAAAUGGGGAAAAAGUAAGAGUUAUAUCUAUGCUGAUGGGUUCAACAAAUGACACUGUUGCACAAAAGGACCCUAAAGUAAAACGAAAAUAUCUGACUCUUCCUCUGUCAAGCGGAUUGCAGACUCUAGAACAGCGGACGAAAGGGACGUUUCAAUUAGAAGGCACAGAAACAUACAAAGCACCUGCGGAACAUGUACAAGAUCCGUCUGUGUUGUUUGUAGCACACGAUGAAGAAGCAAAUAAGACAUGUAGAAGAUAACACGGAAAGGCCAACAGUGAAGAAGAGUCUGCCUUACAUUGAUAAGUGAUGUAUCGCAAUGAAUCCAGGUCAAGACGCCACUUACAUCAAGUUCUUUCGAUAUUUAUGUAUGAACCAAUACAUGCUCAUAAACAAUCAUAUUCACAAUCCUUCUAUUCGAUUUUCUACUUCUCGCUCAAUGAGCCCUUCAAUGAGUUCGAUGUUAUUGUUGCUAUCCCUGUGAUAUACACUUAAUUGUUAUCUUAUUAUCAUUACUUAACUCCAUUUUGACUUUAACGUUUUCACAUUUAGUUCGAAAUAAUAUUUCUUACAUGACAUGCAUGAAUAUAAAGCACUAUCUGGACAAUAUAUGUUGUUGCAAUAUGGCUGAACUUUUUGAAAACUCUUUCGUGUAUAUAUUGUAUCUUGACCCUAUUGGAAACAACAGUAUUCAAAAACGUCUUUGCAUUAUAUUUUGAUUUCUUCGGAAUUUAUGUCAGAAUAAUAUGUUUUAAGCGCCUUGUCUUUUCACGAUGCAGCGUAUCAUUUUCAUAU